AUGUGUCAUGGACGAACCAAGGAACUGGGACAUGGAGAAGGAUCAGACAACACAAAAGUUUCCAGAUUUCGGAGGGCACCUAAAAGGAUUCUGGAUCAUUCUUGUGAUGAAUUUGACUGCUCUCAAAAGAAACGUGCAAGUGAUGAAGAAUUUUCUUGCAAAGUUGGCAUGCACAAAGAAUGUAAGGCAGUUAACAGAAUGAUAAAUGAUAGUUUGAGAGAAGAAACAUACGGAAACUACGCCAAACUAACACACAUUGACAUCUUUAAUAAAGAGGACCAUACAAUCUACCCAUACUCAUAUAGAGCAUUAAACUAUUCUAUUACUCUACCACACGAAGAUGAAGGUGGAUUAAAAGCUAAAAUGAUUAUGACAUUAUUUAACAGUGAAGUUGAUUUGUAUUAUAGUAAACAUGAGAUAUGUAGAGUGUUUGAUUUCUCUUCCUCCAAACUUACAGAAAAUGAUCUGAAACAUCCACGUGUUAUUAACUAUCCAUGUAUGUUUGGUUUGGAUGAAAUAUCGAUGACAGAUUAUAAGUUAAAUAUUACUGUUAUACCUUAUCUUGCUAGUCUUCUUUAUUACCUACAGAUAUAUUCAUACGAUCCCAAGUAUAGCUGCCCUGUAAAUAAUGGUAUUUCGGUGUUAAAUGUACAACGUAAACUACACGUAGUGUUUCAAUCAUACCCAAACACUCUUCAUUAUAACCUUACUUUAUAUAAAGAUUCAAAAGCUCUUCAAAAUUUAGAGUUAGCUCAGAAUAAAAACCAACAUGAAUUUAAAUUAGAAGAUGGAGGACUUUACACUGUUGGGAUUAAGCCCAUCAUAAUGGAUAAAUACUGCAAUGAAACUUUGACCAAAUCAGUCAUAUGGAAAGUUGAAGUGAAACACAUAGAGGACAAGAAACAAGGUUAUAUUAACUUGGUAUCAAUUGUUUUACCAGUGGGAAUUAUUAUAAUAACUAUAAUAGCUGGAGUUGUAAUACUAAUUAAAAGACACCGUGAACAACAAAUGGAAAGAAGCGAUGACGAGAGUGCAGCAAGUUUUUUACAAAAUCAACAAAACUCUGAUGAAACAUCCAUUCCUUAUAGAAUGAUAAAAAAAUGGAAAAAAUAA